GCGCUCCUGAAAGCUGCCGACACGUGAAGCUGUGCUCACUGUCACAAGGAGAUCAUAUAAACACUGGGUGGCAGUGAACAUGUUGGACUGAACUUUAUUGCUGUAAUCAUUUGGAGGAGGAACGUUUGAACUCAGCGAGCAGAGAGAGGCGGAGCAACUCUGCAAGAGAGAGAACCAGGAGCGUCUCAGCGUCACACUGCGGAAACGAAACUUAGAACUCAAGAUUUAUUGUUGAAACUUCAGAGAUCAGUUCACUCCAGAGAUUCAUCUUCCUGUUUUCAAUCAGGGGUGGAAAGGUUCUCGAGAUUCAAGCCAAGUUUCUGCUCCAGAGAUGUCUGCUGCCAGCUGUUUGUUAUCUGAAGAGCAGUUUCAGUGCUCCAUCUGUCUGGAUGUGUUCACUGAUCCAGUCACCAUACCAUGUGGACACAACUUCUGCAAGAGCUGCAUCACUAAACACUGGGAUGUUAAACUCCAGUGUGAGUGUCCCCUGUGCAAAGAUAUCUUUGAAACCCGUCCUCAGCUGCGAGUCAACAAGUUCAUAUCUGAGAUGGCUGCUCAGUUCAGAGAGUCGGCUGCAAAGAAAACCAGGAGCUGCUUAGUCCAGAGAAGUUCUUCCUCUGGAGAAGUUCUGUGUGACGUCUGCUCUGAGACCAAAGUGAAGGCCCUGAAGUCCUGCCUGACGUGUCUGGCCUCCUACUGUGAGACUCACCUGGACUUUCAUCAGAAGGUGACAGGUCUGACAAAACAUGAGCUGAUGGAUCCUGUGGAGAACCUGGAGGACAGAGCCUGUAAGAACCACAACAGACCUCUGGAGAUGUUCUGCAGGACUGAUGAGAUGUGUGUGUGUAUCAGCUGUACUGAGCUGGAUCACAAGCUUCACCGUAUUGUUCCCUUGAUGGAGCAGUAUGAAGGGAGGAAGGCUGAGCUGAGACAGACAAAGGCUGACAUUCAGGAAAUUAUGGAGAAGAGACGACUGAAGAUCGAGCAGAUCAAACAUUCAGUGAAGCUCAGCAGGGAGGACGCAGACCAAGAGAAAUCAGCCAGCGUGCAGGUCUUCACUGCUUUGAUUCGGUCUGUGGAGGAAGGUCUGGCUCAGCUCCUGGACGUGAUUGAGGAGAAGCAGAAAGAAACAGAGGAACAGGCUGAAGGCUUUAUCAGAGAGCUGGAAGAGGAAAUCUCUGAGCUGAUGAAGAGAGGUGCUGAGGUUGAGCAGUUCUUACUCACUGAAGACCACCUCCACUUCCUCCAAAACCUCCCCUCACUGAGCCCUGAUCCACCCACCAAAGACUGGACAGAGGUCAGAGUUCACUCAUCGUAUGAGGGGACUGUGAGGACCGCUGUGGCUCAGCUGGAGGAGACUGUCAGUAAAGAGGUGAAGGAUCAGCUUGAGUCUGAGCAGAAGAGGGUCCAGCAGUUUGCUGUGGACGUCACUCUGGAUCCUGAUACGGCAAAUCCAAAUCUCAGAGUGUCUGAUGACAAGAAACGAGUGUGUCACGGUAAAAGACGGAAUCUUCCAGAUAACCCAGAGAGGUUUUCUCAGACUGCUUGUGUUUUUGGAAAGCAGAGUUUUUCAGCAGGGAAAUUUUAUUUUGAGGUUCAGGUUAAAGAGAAAGCUAGAUGGGAGUUAGGAGUGGGACUAGCAUCAAUCAACAGGAAGGAAGUAAUCACUCCAAGCCGACAGAAAGGCCCUUGGCUUAUAAUGUUGAAAAAUGGAAACGAGUACAGACCCCUUCCUGGUUCUUCUGUCAUCCUCUCCCUGAAGUCAGCGCCUCAGAAGGUGGGGGUGUUUGUGAAUUAUGAGGAGCGUGUAGUCUCCUUCUAUGACGUAGAUACAGCAGCUUUCAUCUACUCCUUCACCGGCUGUAACUUCACUGGGAGACUUGUCCCCAUCUUUGCUCCCUGUAAUAAUGAUUCAGGUGGUAACUCUGCUCCUCUGAUCAUCACUCCUGUGAACCCGACAGAUAAAGCCAAUCGUUAAUUUAUCUCCAAAGUGAGAUCGCCUGUGUCACGUAGACAGAGUGAAGAGGGACAUAACUUAAUGACUUAGUCACUUAGUAACUAGUUCAGUUGUGAACAUGGAAAGCCUUAACAGUUAACCACUAGACGUCUACACUAAGGCUGUUAUCAAGACGACAUGCUACAUACUACCUACGAAUGUAGUCUGCCUUUUGUACUGCAUACUAUGUUUGAAUAUGGUCUGUAGUAUGACUGUUCUGUUGGAUCUGGUCUGCAUGAUGCUGGGUCAGGCUUCUCUGAUUUUGGGUUACUGAAAGCAGAAGUAAACAACGGCCAAGGUUAUGAUUUAAAAAGUUAAGAAGUGGUUUAUGUGGAAUUUAAUAAUUCUCACAGACAUGAACAGAUACCUGUGAGAUGUUUAUCGACUCUGUAAUUCUUGGAAGUGACAAGAUUCACCGACGUUCAUUUCACAUCACUUCACUGUAAAUGUAACGACCCAUUAAACUCCAACACAGUAGGUGGCGCUAAUGCAGCUAAAAACUGAGAGCCAUCCGUCAUAUACGGGAAAAAGGAAGAGAAGGUUAGCGUGGUGCAUUAUGGGAAAUAGACUGGCCCGCUGCAUACUGAGGAAUGUUUCCGAAUCAGUACGACAUCCGGGUAGUUUUGGCAUACUGCAAAUUUGCUCUUGUUCACACACUGCAGACUGAAUUUAGGCCAAAUCAGUACGUACUGAUAGGACAGUAGGCAGAUUCCAAAACAGCCUCAGAUCCCAAGACAAGCUUUAAAAGAACAAACAUGGCCACAAGAAAUACCAGUUUUUUUUUAUUUCUUAUUUUUUUGCUUUACCAGUUGAGUAGCGAACAUUUAAAAAAUCUUCAGUCAUCUAAUAAGGUUAAAAGCCCCUAACUACUAUUACUCAACAGUAUUUUGGUCAUUUUUUGCCUCCUGCUCUGCUCCACCCAGCGGCUGCUCCACCUCCACCGCUGCCUCCAGCUCUGCCCCACACAACAGCUGUUCCACAACCGCUGCUGCCUCCUGCUCUGCUCCACCCAGCAACUGUUCCACAACCGCUGCUGCCUCCUGCUCUGCUCCACCCAGCAACUGUUCCACAACCGCUGCUGCCUCCUGCUCUGCUCCACCAAGCAGCUGUUCCACAACCGCUGCUGCCUCCUGCUCUGCUCCACCCAGCAGCUGUUCCACAACCGCUGCUGCCCCCUGCUCUGACCCACAUAGCAGCUGUUCCACAACUGCUGCUGUCUCCUGCUCUGCCCCACACAGCAGCUGUUCCACAACUGCUGCUGCCCCCUGCUCUGCUCCACCCAGCGGUUGUUCCACCACUGCUGCUGCCCCCUGCUCUGCUCCACCCGGCGGCUGUUCCACCUCUGCUGCUGCCUCCUGCUCUGCUCCACCCAGUGGCUGUUCCACUACUGCUGCUGUUGUACCCCACAGGGAUUACUUCUCCGUGGAUGAGGUGAGGGCGGAGCUGCGAAGAGUGCGCCCUGGUAAGUCAGCUGGACCUGAUGGAAUACCAUCAAGGCUUCUGAAGGAGUGUGCUCUGGAGCUGGCUGUGCCUCUGCACACGCUCUUUAAUUGGAGCCUCCAAACAGGUCAUGUUCCAAGCCAGUGGAAGACAUCCUGCAUUGUUCCAGUGCCUAAGGUCGGGAGACCAUCUGAGGUCAAGGACUACAGACCAGUGGCCCUGACGUCUGUGAUCAUGAAGACCCUCGAAAGGCUCCUUCCUCGGCUCCUGGGGUCACAACUGCAGCAGGCACUGUACCCAUGACAGUUUGCCUAUUGAGAAAACAUGGGUAUGGAGGAUGCCAUCCUGUACAUGCUUGACGGGCCCUCUCUUUCCUCGAUGAUACCGGGGGGUACGUGAGGCUAAUGUUUUUUGAUUUCUCAAGUGCUUUCAAUACCAUCCAGCCUCAAAAGCUGAGAGGCAAACUUGAGAAUCUGUGCAUGGAGCCUGCUUUUAUUGAGUGGAUCAUGAACUAUUUGACAGAGCGGCCACAGUAUGUCAGACUGGGGAACACGGUCUCUGACACUGUGAGGACCAGCAUCGGAGCCCCACAGGGAACUGUGCUAUACCCUUUUCUCUUCAACCUUUACACAUCUGACUUUACUUACAGAUCCCCAUCCUGCCAUAUACAGAAAUACUCAGAGGAUACUGCUGUGGUGGCUGGAAGGGUGGGGGCGAGGGGGAGUACAGGAGGGCCAUCUUGGACUUCACACACUGGAGCAGGUGCAAUGGACUCCUCCUCAACACAUCUAAAACCAAGGAGAUGAUAGUGGACUUUGGGCGGCGGCAAAUGCAGCAUACAAAAAAGGACAGAGCAGACUCUUCUUUCUUAGGAAGUUUAAAUAUUUUGAUGUCUGUAAUGAGAUGCUGUACCUUUUUUUACCAGUCAGUUCUUGCCAGUGCUGUGUUGUUUGCUGUUGUGUGCUGGGAGAACUGCAUGACUGCAAGAGAGGGGAACUGGCUCGACAAACUGCUCAGGAAGUGUGUAUCAGUGAUGGGGAGGGGGGUGGACUCUGUUGGAGAACUGGUAGAGAGCAGAAUGAGGAGCUUGAUGAAGUCCAUCCUCAGUAACAGUAGUCACCCCCUGCAUGACACUGUGGUCGCUCAGCCGCAUGACCGACUCCUUUCCAUGUGCUGCAGGACUGAGAUGUUCAGGAGGUCGUUCAUACCGGCUGCAAUAAGACUAUACAACAGAUCUUACUAAUGUGCACUUUAUUAAUACUACUGAUAGUAGCUUUUGACAUAUUUUAUUCACUUUACCUCGUUGAUUUUUUUUACUGUACUUCCUGACUUUGAGAGUGCUUGGUUGUGUAUGGCACACACUGUAUGCUGCUGGACACCCGAAUUUGCCCUGUUGGGGAUGAAUAAAGUAUCUAUCUAUCUA